GGGAGGGGGAGGAGACAAGGAGGGUGGGAGAGAGAGGAAGAGAGGGAGGAGGGGAGAAAAAACCAUUGUGGAUCCCACAGUCUCAUCUAUCCCAAGCGUGUGAGCAUCACAUCUAGGUUGUAACAAAGAGAUGAUCGAGUCCUUUCUUUUUAGUUGUAGACAGGCUGACACAGCGGGCACUGUGUGCAUGUCUGUCGCCUCCUCAAAGCCCCCAUUCCUUCAGGAGUCACGAGCUCCGAUCCAGAGAGGGCCCGGGGCACAGUCCUAGGCGCACCGGAGAGGCCGCCACAGGUUCAUGCGCUUGCGGUCAGGGGCGUUGGUGCAUCUUUACGUGAGGGAGACUAAGGGGUCCCUUCGGACAGUCUUAUCUCGAUCCCCCACAUUUCCCGGGGGGAUCGUGGGAGGAGUGUGAGGGACAGGUAGCCCGUUCAUUAAGGAGCGCGGGGUGCGGACGAGCAGAGCCGGGGAGGAGCGGGGUGGCACUGCCAAAUCUUAACCGGGGCCCCUGGUGUUUGCAGACCCAAGUACAGCCGCCCUGGUCUCCAUGGUGCCGCCGCAGAAGCUGCUGCCCGAGAACUCUGAACCGCACCCCUGCCUCGGUUGGGGACCCUCUUCCUCCUCCUCUCCCACUACGUACCUGGCCUGAGCUGCAGGGCGCGCCGCCCGGGGAACCCCUCUCAGCGGGACCUGCUCAGCCACCGUUCGCCUCCGCCCCCUGCCGCUGCGCCCCGCCAGCCCGGCUCGCCCAGCUCGCAGGCACCGUGGAGGAAUCCAGGGCAAACCCACGAGCAGCCGGUGACUCUUCCUCCGGCAUCUCUGGCCUGGCCCCUUUGGGGUGAGCCGAGCGGGGAAGGUGCUAUCUCCGCCGGUCCGAAGUUGCCCAGAAAAGGCCUGGUAGAGAAAGAGUAUCCGCGGAGGCUGGGAGCUCCAAGUCCUCUUCCAGCUGCGCCUUUGCCGCCUCGUUUUCCUCCACCCAGGUUUGUUUAUAUAGGAUCUGGGAGCUGGGAGGAACUGCCCACCCCCUGCAGGCGCCCACCCCACCUUCCAGGGCUCCCACACGUGGUCGUGGUCGACAUCAGCACCUUCUCAGCAGAAGGCAGGAGGCUGCGAGCGAGGAGCAGCGCUGGGGGCGAGCUUGGCGCAUCUUCAGGGUCUGCUCCCCUCCCCGGCGCCCUCACUCACUGCAACCCCAGCUCCGACUGGGUUUCGCCACCCGCCGUCCCCUUCCCCCCGGGGAGAUUGAAGACAGCCCUCUUUCGGCGCUCCUGGCGCUUCUCUGGGUUCGCUCAGUGGCCGGAAAAUAAUGGUAACAUGAACAGCGGAGCGUGAGCGCGUCGCCGUCACCGGAGGAAGGAAGAGAUUGAUGGGCAGAGAGCUUACUUCAAGGAAUCACAUUCCUGGGGCUGCGCAGGGGAACCGUGGGCGCCUCCGCCUCCUGGCUGGACGCCGCUGACAUCUGUAGCCUCCGUUCCCUCGGGCUCCCAGGUCGCCAGCCUCUGCCUGCGGAGGAGCAUUGACCGGAGUUGGUGCGCCUCCAUCCAAACAGGAGUUCUCCCGGAUCCCGCGCGUCCCCGCGUCCAUCCCCGUUGAGCGCCCACCAGCACGCUGGCUUCGGAGGGAGUUGAACUUGAGUUCAGAUGCCCAACUCCCUCUGAAUCGUGCGGAUUGGUGCUGAGCACGCAACAAAAGUUUGUAGCUUCUCCGCAGUUCCUGGUGCUUGGCACGGAGAGGAAAGGACUGGCAUUCAACACCGGGAGCAGUCAGGGAGCCAUCUCCUUUAACUUUUCUUACCUGUUAUCAUUUGCAAUGAAGAGGAAACAGAAGAGAUUUCUGCAGAUGACUUUGUUAUUCAUGGUGGCUUUAAUAUUCCUGCCCAACAUUGGUCUCUGGUCUCUGUACAAGGAUAAGCACCUGGUGAAAUCCACGGAGCCUGGGGAGCAGCAGACAUUUCCACUGGGCCUGGGAGAUGGGCAAUUCUAUGCAUGGACAGAUGGUUUGAGAAGAAAAGACUGGCAUGACUAUGAAAGCAUUCAGAAAGAGGCUUUGCGCUCAGGGAAGGGUGAGCAGGGGAAACCUUACCCCCUCACUGAAGACGACCACGAUGACUCAGCUUACAGGGAAAAUGGUUUCAAUAUUUUUGUCAGCAACAAUAUCGCUCUGGAGAGGUCUCUGCCCGACAUUCGUCAUGCUAAUUGUAAGCACAAGCUGUACCUGGAAAUACUGCCAAACACCAGCAUCAUUAUCCCAUUUCAUAAUGAAGGUUGGACUUCACUCCUGCGUACCAUACACAGUAUAAUUAACCGAACCCCGGAGAGUCUGAUAGCAGAAAUCAUUCUAGUAGAUGACUUCAGUGACAGAGAACACUUGAAGGAGAAGUUAGAGGAGUACAUGGCCCGGUUUUCCAAAGUGAGGAUCGUUCGCACCAAGAAAAGGGAAGGGCUCAUCCGGACCCGCCUCCUGGGGGCAUCCAUGGCCAGAGGAGAAGUCCUGACCUUCCUGGACUCCCACUGCGAGGUCAACGUGAACUGGCUGCCCCCGCUCCUGAACCAAAUUGCACUAAACCACAAAACCAUCGUGUGCCCCAUGAUCGAUGUCAUUGACCACAAUCACUUUGGGUAUGAGGCACAAGCUGGGGAUGCCAUGCGAGGCGCCUUCGACUGGGAAAUGUACUACAAAAGAAUCCCCAUCCCUCCAGAGCUCCAGAGGGCAGAUCCCAGCGACCCUUUUGAGUCUCCUGUGAUGGCUGGAGGUCUCUUUGCUGUGAAUCGCAAAUGGUUUUGGGAGUUAGGUGGCUAUGAUCCAGGUUUAGAAAUCUGGGGAGGAGAACAGUAUGAAAUCUCUUUUAAGGUUUGGAUGUGUGGAGGAGAAAUGUUCGAUGUUCCAUGUUCUAGAGUUGGUCAUAUCUACAGGAAGUACGUCCCUUAUAAAGUUCCAUCUGGGACCAGCCUGGCAAGAAACCUGAAGCGGGUGGCGGAGACCUGGAUGGACGAAUUUGCCGAGUACAUUUACCAGCGCCGGCCGGAGUACAGGCACCUCUCCACGGGGGACAUCUCCGCCCAGAAGGAGUUGCGCAAACAGCUCAAGUGCAAGGACUUCAAGUGGUUCAUGGCGGCUGUGGCCUGGGAUGUGCCCAAGUACUACCCUCCCGUGGAGCCCCCACCUGCUGCCUGGGGAGAGAUUCGAAACGUGGCAGCUAAUCUCUGUGUGGACAGCAAGCAUGGAGCCACGGGAACCGAGCUCAGGCUGGACAUCUGCGUCAAGGAUGGCUCUGAAAGGACAUGGUCUCAUGAGCAGCUCUUUACUUUUGGAUGGAGAGAAGACAUUCGACCUGGUGAGCCGCUGCACACCCGAAAGUUCUGCUUCGACGCGAUCUCACACAGCAGCCCGGUCACUCUCUAUGACUGUCACGGCAUGAAGGGGAACCAGCUCUGGGCCUACCGGAAGGACAGAACGUUAUUCCAUCCUGUGAGCAACAGCUGCAUGGAUUGCAAUCCGGCAGAGAAGAAGAUUUUCAUGGCCAGAUGUGACCCCCUAUCUGAGACUCAGCAGUGGAUUUUUGAACAUAUUAAUAUGACUGUUUUAGAAAAAUUUAACCACCAUGCCAGCUCCUAGAAGGAAAGAAGAAGGAGUGAUGACCUCCAGAUUCUAAAAAAAACUAAAAUUUCUCCAGCACCGGGGUGGAAAGCAUCGGGAAUAACAUUUCCUCGAUCUAGGAAGCCUGGUUUAAAGGCCCGUCAAUGCCACGUCAAAGUAGGUUGUCCUGGAGAACUUCCUGCAUCUGAAGAACUUGGCGGAGAACCUCACCAGCUGCUUCUGAGAACUUGAGACUAGCAGUUCCCUUGCUGGCCAAGGGCGAAGAUUAUUUAGGGAUGUUUCAAAACAACUGCUGAGUUAAUAAAUCCUAGCAUUUCUCAGGUCAAAUCCUGCAGUAGUGAGUAGCUAUGAAUGGAUCCUAUCAUUCGGGUGGGAGGGGGGUGGAAAUGGAGUGCAUGACGGCUCUGACAACCUGAAGAUCCCGCAGGUGUAGAACUAGCCACGCUGAACGGGCGAGCUGGACUCCUUGGUGCCAUUCUCUGACUAAGAAUGGGUUAAACAGGUUUAACCCUUCAAAGUGCUGCAGAUGAUUUUAGAGUGCUCAUACCAUUCUGUUUUCUCAUUGUUGUUUUUUACAUGAAGGUGUGCUAUGUAAUGUAAGACUUAAAUUACAUCAUGAAACGGACUUCCAGUGUUUCCGUUCUUGCACCGGCCAUUUUCCUUUUCGGGCAGAAGUAACUUAUUUUUCCUAAAAGUUCAUGCUCCAUCCAUCAGCUGAAGUUUGAAUUCAGUGCCCUUGUAUGAAUCCACUUUAAAAACAAAAUCAGAACACUAUGCUACCCGGUUACUCCAAAGAGAAUGAUUUCACAGAAGCAGCAAAACUAUGUAAGGUUUAGGAGAGGGAUUUCCUUAGGAAAUCGAUUUUUACUUUUCUAUUCUUUUUAGAAUUCUAGGAGCCUGAUGUUUGUCCAGUCAUAAUUUUUAUUAAGGAAGGGAAUGGAGUGAGGUUGAUGUAAUUUGUUUAAGGAGAUUCCUAAACCCAAAUAAAUCUACACUCCAAGUGCCGUGUGAAAAUGUCUCCAUUCACUUCAAUUCUGUUUGGUCAGUCCUCGGUACAUAGAAGUGGUUUUGUUUGUUUGGUUUUAGAUAUUUUUUGUUUUAUGUCACUGAUAUUAAUGAUGUUUUUGUUUUUCUUGGAAAUUCCUUGGAAAAUCCGAAGGAAUUUCCAUUAAUAAAGUGCUUCUGACACUGUUUUCUGUAAAUGGGACAAUAUUUCAGGGGUGAAGAAAGGAAUGAUUAAAAAGCUACAUGGA